UGUCAUUCUGAUAGCGCCCAGACUGUUAACAUGUGACGCCUACGUCACCCCUUUCCAAGUGUACUUAUAUCGCUCCCUCCCAUGAAUAAACGCUUUUCGUUACCGGAUCACCGGCUUGCCUACAUGGUGGCAGCGGAGCCCAGUUGAGAUGUCGACGACACCACCCCCGCCUACGACGCUGCCAGUUCCAUCGACUCUACUACCGGCGCCGAAACCCCUGGAUACGUCAGACGACGCCUGGCUUGGUUGGAGAACAUGGAAGAGUGAGUUCGAACUGUUUGCCACUGCUACUCAAUUGACUAAGCAGCCAACCGAUGUGCAGGCAGCAACAUUUCUCGUGAGCAUAGGCGAAGAAGGCAGGAAAGCAUUCAGCACUUUCAAGUUUGACGCGGACGAGGACAGAAAUGACGUCAAAGUUUUGAUCAAGAAAUUCGAGGACUACUACAAGCCAGCAAACAACUUAACCCUCCACGAAUUCCGCUUUGGUUCAAGGGACCAGAAAGAAGGCGAACCAUUUAAUGACUGGUUGAUCGAACUGAAAAUUUUAGCCAAGAACUGUGAAUUCGGACUUCUAGAAGACCGUAUGCUACGCAGCCGUAUCGUUCUAGGCGUCCAAGACAAGCGUUUGCAGCAGAAACUAUUAGCGGAAAACCCUUCUUACCAAAAAACGGUAGAAAUUUGCCGCAUUGAAGAGCAAGGGAAGCAGCACUUCCAAGAGAUAAGCGCAGCAACAGGCGGAGCGCAAACUACGAUAGUGAACUCGGUUGCGAGGGAAAAGAAGCUGUGCAGUAGGUGUGGCUACCAGAUGCAUCUUGGUGGAAAUUGUCCAGCGAGAGGAAAGAAUUGCACGAAGUGCGGUGCACAGAACCAUUUUGCCCAGGUUUGCAAAUCAGUCGGCGCCACGCAUAACGCCAGCCGUCCAGGAAAAGAGCUACGGGAGGUACGGGCCGAGACAGACGAUUUUUUUCUUGAGGGGCUAGCGAUAAACUCGCUUGAAGUUGAUAAAUGGACAGCAACAGUUUACAUCGAAGGCCAACCUGUCACGUGCAAACUGGACACAGGAGCGAACUGUUGCGUUAUCUCCAAAAACGAGCUGGAAAGGUUACCUGCUAAGCCAAAGGAAGCCUGCAAGGUGACUCUAACAGCGUUCUUUGGUCACAGGACUACGGCACAAGCAAAAGUCAAGCUUCUGCUUUACGCUAACAACAAAAAAUGCGAAGAACAAUUUUUCGUCGUCGAGCACGAUCUUCCAGUCACGCUCAGCGGGGCAGUCGCAGAACGCCUGGGGUUUAUAUACCGCAUACAGAAAGUCUCCAGUGAAGAACUAUAUCGCCCAGCCCAACCUUUCGCAGAUGUUUUCAGCGGGCUAGGACAACUGAAAGGCGUGGAGUACUCGAUGAAGCUGAAACCCGGCAGCGCGGGAACCGUCGUGCCUGCUAGGAGGGUCCCCAUCGCCCUGCAAGACAAAGUUCUGGCAGAACUGCAGCGCAUGGAGCAGCAGGGCGUCAUUACAAAGGCGGAGGUUCACUACUUGGGACACAUCCUCACUACGCAAGGCCUGCGCAUCGACCCGGAGCGUGUUCAGGACAUUCUGGAAAUACCCGAGCCUAAGACCAGUAAGCAACUGCAAAUUUUUCUCGGCACAAUGAACUAUGUACAGCGUUUCAUUCCCAACAUGUCUGUCUUGACGGAACCGCUAAGAGAACUACUGAGAAAAGAUAACGCAUGGGUCUGGACAGAAAAACAACAGGCCAGUUUUGAAGCACUGUGCCAGGCACUGAUAACAGCGCCGAUUCUUUCCUACUUCGACCCGAAGAAGGCAGUCACGCUUUCUGUCGAUGCUAGCCAGUCGGGCGUAGGGGCUGUUUUGAUGCAAGACGGCCAUCCCGUAGCCUUCUCGUCCAGAUCUCUAACAGAGGCACAACAGCGUUAUGCGCAGAUUGAAAAAGAAACGCUUGCGAUAGUACAUGGGUGCACGAAGUUCCAUGAUUAUAUUUUCGGCCAAGCAGACGUGAUCGUCGAAACGGAUCACCGGCCUUUGAUACCGAUCUUCACCAAGCCCCUGCAUCAGUGCCCGCUUCGUUUGCAGCGAAUGCGCCUCCGCUUGCAGCGUUACGCAAUAACUUUGCAAUACAAACCGGAUAAAGAGCUAUUCCUAGCGGACGCGUUACCGCGGUUUCCUAAUAAGAUGGCACUGCAAGAAGAAGCCGAGCAGUUUCAAGUGAAUGUGCUUGACUAUGUUUCAGCGUCGGAACACCGCUUGAAAACCUUGCGGGAUGCGACAAACGAGGAUCCGGCACUGAUCAUCAUCCGUGAAUACGCAGAGACGGCGUGGCCGGAGCACAAGCAUGGUGUCCCAGAGCCGGGAAGGCCAUACUGCAGGGAAGAAGUUCACGCACAAGAUGGGCUAGUCUUCCGAAGCAACAAGGUAAUUAUACCGAAAUCGAAACGGGCAGAGAUCAUGCAGCUCCUCCACGCAGCGCAUGCUGGAGCAGAUAAGAUGAAAGCGAGGGCCAGCAGUGUAAUGUUUUGGCCAAAUAUGUCCGCAGAUAUUAAUCAGUUUUGCAAGACCUGCAAGGUAUGCCAAAUGCACCAGCCACGAAACCAGAAAAUGCCCCUUUUGAGCCAUGAUGUUCCGACCCUGCCAUGGGAGUCCGUAGGCGUGGAUCUGUUUCACUAUGGCGGUCGGGAGUUCGCCGUCAUGGUUGACUUCUAUUCCUUUUUCUUCGAAGUCCGAGAACUUCGCCACACCACGUCUAAUGCGCUCAAGACUUGGUGUGCACAAGUUUUUUUGGUGCAUGGGCUGCCACAGAAGCUGUAUAGUGACAAUGGGCCCCCCUUCAGUAGCUCAGAUUUUUUGAGAAAACUAGACGUUGUGCAUGUCACGUCAAGUCCAUAUCACCCGCGUUCUAAUGGCAUGGCGGAAAGAGCUGUUCAGGAGGCCAAAAAGCUGCUCAAAAAGUGCUCUUUUCGCACACCAGAUUUUGAAAUUGCUCUGCUUGAGUGGCGUAAUACCCCCAGGGACCCAGUUCUGAAGUCUCCUGUGCAGAGGCUCAUGGGGCGGCAGACCCGGACCCUCCUGCCGGUACCAACAAUUCACCUGGAGCCAGAGGCCAUACCCAGCAAGGAGGUCCACGACCGUCUCCAGACGAUCCGGCGCCGGCAAAAGAUCCACUACGACCGCAGCGCCAGGAACCUUUCCCCGCUGACUCCGGGACAACGUGUAACGACGUACGACACUCUCCAGAGAACCUGGGCUCCAGCUAUUGUUCUAAGGCCAGCCGCAACGCCAAGAUCUACGAUUGUGAAGACCGAAGACGGCCAUGAAAUCCGUCGCACAAGAGAACACCUGCGGGAGGCAGCACCUCAACCGGAGCCAGAAUCAACCUCGCAGGGGCCUUCAGAAGACGACCUCCAGUCUGGACAACAGCAGUUACGCAGGAGCACAAGAUUGCGUCGGGAACCCUGUCGAUACCCGUUGCCAGAUGAAACUUCUAGACCUUAUCAUCAUUAAAGGGGAGAUGUGGCCAUAUCACUGUCAUUCUGAUAGCGCCCAGACUGUUAACAUGUGACGCCUACGUCACCCCUUUCCAAGUGUACUUAUAUCGCUCCCUCCCAUGAAUAAACGCUUUUCGUUACCGGAUCACCGGCUUGCCUACAGUACGUAUACGCGUAGGGAGAACAAAACCUUGUACCGCAGAUUCUCUUCUAUUUCUAUGCGUUCGUUGACACACUACGCAGCAAAUAAAGGGCAUUUUCACGUUUGCUUCGUAUGCUAUGGACACACCUUUGCGGGUUGCCAAUACUACAAGGUGUUCGAGCCCAACGAGACGAAAUGGCUUUUCGGGGUCGUCACAAUUUUCUUAAUUGUUGAGUCGCAUACAAAGAUCGCACGUAGGGAGCAGUUUAAAUAACUGCAACUUCGGCAAAGGGAAAUGACAAGACAUCUAAGUACCCGAAAUUUCAACGUUGCGAUGAACGCGCAACCAUUUAGUUUCAUUAUCUUCCUGUCGCAAGUUUCCCGAUGCAUCUUGAAAAGUUACCUUCCAUUACCGGCGUAUUACAUUUCACAUGCCGAACAUGCAGGCUAUCGUAAUUAAUGUUUUACAAUCGAAUAUUAUACUCUGUGGCUUGAAUAAACAGCAUUGUCAAUUUGUUUUCGAAUGUUUCAUGCACAUUAAAAAUUGUAUGUC